AUUUUAUACCGCCAGACUUGUUCCGUAUUUGCUUUAAUAACUUGUCUUCCAUCUUCGUUCACCAAGUAUUUAUUUUUCUCUUCCGCUUCACAUCAAAGGCUUCGCUCAUUCCAAUUCAUUCUAAAUCGUAAAACUCACCUUUUUUUUCAUCGUUGAUGGCAGUAUCUCCUCAUGCUUUCCCACCUAGAAAGCGCCGGCCGUCGGCCGGCUCUUUCCUGUCACCAAAUUUCUCCGACCACAGACUACUACAAUCCCUCCUCCUCAUCUCAAACGAAAUCUCAUCCCUCCAACCCAUUCGAUAUCUCCUCAGGCGGAAUUCGGCCUCGAUCAUCCGGAAAACAAAGCUUCUCUCCGUCUUAUUUGAAGAGCUUAUUCGCAAUCAAGUAACCGUCUUUUCGCCUUCCGCGUUACUGUGCUUCGAAGAGUUGUACAUAGUUUUGCAGAGAAUCAAGACGUUGAUCGAGGAUUGCUCGAACGGGAGCAAGGUGUGGCUUCUAAUGCAAACUGAAUCGAUUGCCAAUUUGUUUCACGAGCUGACAGUUGAUUUGUCGACUCUGUUGGAUAUUUUUCCGGUAAGCGAUAUGAAUUUGAACGAAGAUGUGGAAGAACUGGUUGUUUUGAUUAGAAAACAGUGUUUGCAGAAGAAGCCGAUUGUGGAUCCACAUGACGAUAACCUCAGGCGUGAAGUAAUGAAGAUGCUUGAUGGAGUACAGAGGGAGAUUGUUCCUGAUCAUUCCAAGCUCGUCGAGAUCUUCGAUAAUUUGCAACUGCGCGAUUCAAGCAGUUGCAGGGACGAAAUCGAGAGCCUUGAGGAUGAGGUUCAGAAUCAGACGGACGAGAAAUCAAAAUCCGACGUUGUUGCGCUGAUCGGGCUCGUUCGGUACGGGAAAUGCGUGUUGUACGGGGCGUCGACGCCGAGGACGACGUUGAGGCGGCGGAAGUCGGCGGCGGACGUGAAUUAUCCGGCGGAUUUCCGGUGUCCGAUAUCUUUAGACCUGAUGCGAGAUCCAGUGGUUGUGUCGACGGGCCAGACUUACGACCGCCCGUCAAUCAACCUGUGGAUCGAAUCAGGACACAACACGUGUCCGAAGACAGGGCAGACCCUGGCCCACACGAACCUCAUUCCUAACCGGGCUUUGAAGAACUUGAUAGCUAUGUGGUGCCGAGAGCAGAAAAUACCCUUUGAGGUUACCGAACAGAACGAGAAAGUCAACGGCGUUAUUCAUAACAAGACGGCGUUGGAGGCCACGAAGAUGACGGUGUCCUUUUUGGUUAACAAGCUAACGGCUUCGCAGUCAGUGGAGACUGCCAACCGUGUGGUACACGAGCUUCGGGUGUUAGCCAAAGCAGAUUCGGACAGCCGAGCCUGUAUUGCCGAAGCUGGGGCUCUACCUUUGCUCGUCAAAUUUCUAGGCCCGGAGUAUCCUAACCUGCAAGUUAACGCCGUUACGACGAUCCUCAACCUUUCCAUCCUCGAAGCGAACAAAAUGAGGAUAAUGGAGAGUGACGGAGUUUUGAACGGCGUUAUUGAGGUCCUUAGGUCGGGUGCCACAUGGGAGGCGAAAGGGAAUGCGGCUGCCACCAUAUUCAGCUUGACAGGUGUACAAGCCAACAGGAAGAAGCUCGGGAAAAAGCCACGUGUCGUAAAGGGAUUGGUUGAUCUGGCCAAGGGGGGUCCCGCGAGUUCAAAGAGGGAUGCCUUGGUGGCAAUUCUUAGUUUGGCAGGGGAGAGGGAGACGGUUGUGAAGUUAGUUGAAGGCGGCGUGGUGGAAAUGACAAGUGAAUUAAUGGACACGCAACCCGAGGAAGCGGCCACAAUACUUGAGGUGGUGGUGAAGAGAGGGGGAUUGAUGGCAGUGGCAGCGGCUUUUCAUUUGAUUAAGAAAUUGGCUGUGGUGUUGAGGGAAGGGUCGGAUAGGGCUCGGGAGAGCGCGGCUGCGACGCUUGUGAAUCUUUGUAGGAAAGGGGGGUCGGAGACGGUGGGGGAAUUAGCGAGGGUUCCGGGGAUCGAGAGAGUGAUAUGGGAAAUGGUGGGAAUGGGAACGGGGAGAGGAAGGAGGAAGGCCGCGUCGCUAUUGAGGAUUUUAAGGAGAUGGGCUGCUGGGUUGGAUGGGAUCGCGGAUGUAACGGCUGGUUACUCGACUUCGAGUAUGCAUACAACGAGGAUUGUCCUGCCAGGGUAACAUGAUUUGCCUAGUUGUUUGUAGUGUUUUUUCAUUUUUUCCAAACACAAUUAGUUCGAGUUUAAAUUGUAAAGAACUCAAAGGGAUCAUAUGAUGAAAGGUUAAAUUCGUUCGUCGGUUAUUUGUUACUGUAAUUUGUCUUCAAUAGAUUCAUUUAUUUCUUUUCA